AUGGUGGAAACUCGCCGGAGUGCAUCUUCAUCCAAACGCAAGCUUUCUUCUCUCCCAAUUCCCAAUGGCAAAAGAUCCAAGGCGGCGGAAGCGUCGUCGUCGUCAUCGACUACCAGUAGAAAGAACAAAAAGCCAGUAUUUUACUGUGGCAUUUGCAUGGACUCAAAAAAUGAGUCAGGCAUGUUUCGAAACACCAACGUUUGCAGUCACAUGUAUUGCAAAGACUGCAUUUGUGAACAUGUUACAGUCACAAUAAACCAAAGAAACAUAUCAAAUGUAAAGUGCCCCGACCCGAAUUGCAAAGGUUUAAUAGGACUUGAAGCCUGUCAAAACAUGCUUCCAAAACAAGUUUUGGAAAAAUGGGAGGCUGCGUUAUGCGAGUCUUUGAUCACGCAGUCUGAGAAAUUUAUUUACUGCCCAUUUAAAGACUGUUCUGCCAUGUUGGUGGAUGAUGGUGGUGUCGUAGUGACUACCUCGGAAUGUCCCUAUUGCAAUAGACUCUUUUGUGCACGAUGUAGAGUGGCGUGGCAUUCGGGGAUGGAUUGUAGCGAGUUUAAGAGUUUGGAAAAUGGAGAGAGAGAUCCACAGGAUGUUAUGUUGAUGAAUCUUGCAAAAAACAAGAAAUGGAUGAGGUGCCCAAGUUGCAAAUUUUAUGUUGAAAGAAUUUCUGGAUGUUUGCAUAUUUCUUGCAGGUGCGGGCAUCAUUUUUGUUAUCAGUGUGGAAAGCAGAAUGAUGGAAGAAGUCAUACUUGUCCCCAUUAUUAA